AUGACAGACGCAUCCAACACGCCGCCCGUGUCUGGAGUUGCGACCACCUCCACUGAUGGGUCGAAGAAGAGCGACAAGCGGAGCCCAGGCUCGUCUGCGGCCAGCCUGACGACAGUCCUCACCCUGAUCGCCAUCUGCCUGCUUGCCACAGCAGUCCGGCUUUUCUCGGUGAUCAAGUACGAAAGUGUCAUCCAUGAGUUCGAUCCAUACUUCAACUACCGUGUCACACGGUACCUGACGGAGGAGGGCUUCACCAAGACCUGGAACUUCUUCGACUCCUUCACCUGGUACCCAUUGGGCCGCAUCGUGGGAGGAACCAUGUACCCUGGCCUGAUCUUCACUGCUGGCUUGAUAUGGAAGGUUCUGCAGGCACUGCGCAGCCCCAUCCACAUCCAGGAGAUCUGCGUGUUCAUGGGCCCGCUCUUCUCCGGCCUGUGCGCCCUGGCGACCUUCUUCUUCAUGCGCGAGGUACGCGGUGACGGGGCCGGGCUGGCCUCCGCCGCCUUCAUCGCCAUCAUCCCCUCCUACAUCUCGCGCUCCGUGGCCGGAUCCUACGACCUGGAGUCCAUUGCCAUCGCCGCCCUGGUCACCGUCUUCUUCCUCUACGUCAAGACCCUGAACACGGCGAGCCUGAGGUGGGCCACCGCCCUCUUCUUCGGCUACCUCUACAUGGUGGCCUCCUGGGGAGGGUACAGCUUCAUCGUCAACUUGCUGCCCAUCCACUGCCUGGCCAGUAUUGUGCUGGGCCGGGUGAGCACCGGCCUCUACGUGGCCUACGCGCCCUUUGCCAUCCUGGGGGCCCUGGCGGCACUGAACAUCCCCGUCAUCGGCUUCAACGCGGUCCUGAUGAGCGAGCACUUUGCGUCCUUUGCCGUCUUUGGCAUCCUGCAUGCCGCAUUUGCCAUCAAGUGGAUCAAGGAGACGCUGCCGCCACGAACGUACGAGGCGGCCAAGCGCGUCGUGUGGACCGUCGGCACGGCCGUGGCUGGCGUGAUCCUGGUGCUGGUCACCGGGUACGUCACUGCCUCCCCCACCUUUGGCUGGACAGGCCGCAGCCUGUCGCUGCUGGACCCCACCUACGCCUCCAAGUACAUCCCCAUCAUCGCCAGCGUGAGCGAGCAUCAGCCCCCGGCGUGGAGCUCGUACUACAACGACCUGCACCUGGUUACGCUGCUGGCGCCCGCCGGCCUGGUCGCGGCCUUCACGCCGCUCACCGACGCCUCCUUGUUCCUGGUGCUCUACGCCGUCACCGCCGUCUACUUCUCCGGGGUCAUGGUCCGGCUCAUGCUGGUGCUGGCCCCCGCCGCCGCCUGCCUGGCGGGGCUGGCGCUGUCCGAGGCGCUGUCCUACCUCUUCCGCUCCGUGCGUGCCGAGGGGGAGGCGGUGCUGGCGGCCAGCGGCAGCGCCGCCGAAGCGUCCGGCGCGGCCUCCCCCGGCGUCGCGCCGCCGGCCCCCGCCGAACGCUCGGCCGCCAGGAAGGCGGCGCGCGCCGCCGGCCGGGCGCGGUCCGCCCCCGACGCCGGCGCCUGGAUGGCGCCAGGGUCGAGCGCGCGGGCGCUGCCGCGCGACGUCGCCUGGGUGGCGCUGGCCGGCCUCUUCUACGCCCUCGCUCUCUACGUCCGCCACUCGGUGUACAUCGCGGGCGAGCACUACUCCGCGCCCUCCAUCGUGCUGCAGACCCGGCAGCGCGACGGCUCCAUCAAGGUGUUUGACGACUUCCGGGAGGCCUACUCCUGGCUGAGCCACAAUGUCCCCGCCGACGCCAAGGUUGCCUCCUGGUGGGACUACGGCUACCAGACCACAGCCAUGGCCAACCGCACCGUCAUCGUGGACAACAACACCUGGAACAACACCCACAUCGCCACGGUGGGGCGUGCCAUGGCCCUCCCAGAGAAGGCCUCCUCCGAGGUCUUCAGGUCCCUCGAUGUGGAGUAUGUGUUUGUCGUCUUCGGCGCCUUCAUCGGGCGAGUGCUUGGGGUUGGGAGGGGGUACCCCUCCGACGACAUCAAUAAGUUCCUGUGGAUGGUGCGCAUCGGCGGCGGCGUCUUCCCGGACAUCAAGGAGCGGGACUACCUGAACAGGGGCCAGUACCGCGUCGACAGCACCGCCCCCAAGGCCAUGCUGGACUCCACCAUGUACAGGCUGUCGUACUAUCGCUUUGCGGAGACGGGGCCCCUGUUUGGGAUGCCCUACGGCUACGACCGCGUGCGGCAGCAGACCAUUGGCCUGCCUGACUUCAAGCUGAAGCAUUACGAGGAGGUGUUCACCUCCGAGCACUGGAUGGUCCGCGUCUACCGCGUGCUGCCGGAGCCCAACCGCGAGGUCCGCCUGCCAAACCCAAACAGGGUCAAGGCGCAGCGUGGUGCCAAGGUCAAACCCAGGCGGCCCUCUGGUGACCCCACCUCCAUGCCGUCCAAGACCAGGCAGUGA